AUUUAUUUCAGAAAAAUAUGAGUGGGUAAACUGAAUUGGUCACACACCAAAUGGGGAAAAAUUACUCAAAUAAUUUGGAAAAUGUGCGAUACAUAAAUACUGGUAUCCAUAAUACACAAGAUUAAAAUACAGGAAUCGGCAUUGAUAACCAAAACAGAUGCCCAACGAUUUGCGGCAUGAGACAUAAAUUGUGUUUCGUCACCAGUGUAAAAACCUGCCUGGUGGCAGACAGGCAGGGAUCUAACCCCAAAGGGCAGCACCCUGACACUCAGAUAAUGAGCAGGCUCCUGAGAAACUCGGAGCCCCGUACGGAGCAGACAUCUGCAACAUGUUCUACACAUGGCAUCCAUACCGGAAUGGCCCGUGGAGGUAUCUCUGUGUGGGAACCCCAAGCUAAUGAACACUGGGCCCAUGAUGGAGCUGGGGGGGUCGGGGGGGUUGGGAGGGCGUGCUGUAAUUGGACAAACUACUGGAGGGGGAUGGAGGAAACAGCCAAGGGGGAGGUAUUUACAAAGUGUUUGCCAGACACAACUGCCCAGUGCAAGCGAGCUAUAGCCCUGUGAGACUGGCACGGAAAGGGGCUGCCUUCCUCCUCAGGUUGGUGAGCUUUCUGAGAAAAGAACUGGGACUGGGUAACACAGAAGGGGCCUUUGAGAGGAUGCUGAUUCGAAAGAGAAGCUUUUGCAUGCAUGUGCAUUAAUGUGUGUUCAUUCAUUCCCGUUUGCCCUCUCGUUUCAUUGCGCUAGGAGCCUUCACAUUGCAUGUAUUCACAGCCGUGUGUUUCCGCUUAUUCAUGUUUCCAGCUUCCUUGUUGAAUUUCUACCAGGCCAGCUCUUGUUUUCCUGUCUUCUAACAUAAAGACCCCUACAGUAAGUAUAGGAAAGAAAUCCUGAGGAAGAGUGGGUGGAGGUUCCUGACGAGGCUGUCUCUGUUGCAGUUGCUGCGGUCCUGUUCCAUCUUUCCCAUUAUACUGACCAUGCGGCUUCUCGUGGUCUUCUUGGUGGCCCUCUUUGGCCUGGCAUGCUGCCAGGGGCAGGACCCCUUCUUCUGGCUGAUGGCCCUGCGCAGCCGGGGUUACGGCCCCGGGGCACUGCAGGCGGACACCACGGGAGGAGACUGUCCGGCAGUUUGUGACUGUCCACCCAGUUUCCCCGUGGCCAUGUAUUGCGAUGACCGUGGCCUUCAGGAGGUCCCUUACGUGCCAUCGCGCAUGAAGUAUGUCUACCUGCAGUACAACAAGAUUACAAGAAUCAGGGAUGACGCUUUCAGCAAUGCCACUCGGCUCAUUUGGGUCAUGCUGCACCGCAAUCAGCUCAGAUCGGACCAGAUUAGCAAGAAAGCUUUUGCUAAUUUGAACAGCUUGGAGCGGCUCUACCUGGACCACAACAAUCUGACCCAGGUGCCAGUAAAUUUGCCUGUUUCUAUCAGAGACCUCCGGCUGAACAAUAACAAGAUUUCCAAGAUUGAGACGAGCUCCUUUAAAGGAAUGGACAACCUCACAGUGCUGUAUCUUCACGCCAAUGAGAUCCAAGAUGUUGGCGGGGUCUUGAAGGAUCUCACCUCACUGACCCUUCUGGACCUCAGCAACAACCACCUGAAGAAAGUCCCACAGGAGCUACCCAAGAUGCUGCAUCAGCUCUACAUGGAGUCCAACAGCAUUGACACUGUGCCCGCCAACUUCCUCAGUGACUUUUCCCAGCUACAGUAUGUCCGGAUGUCCCAUAAUGCACUGACAGACCGUGGAAUCCCUCCCAACACCUUCAAUGUCAGUGGCCUGGUGGAGCUGGACCUGUCCUUCAACAAGCUGGAGAAGAUCCCCCCAGUCAGCGCCAGCUUGGAGCACCUCUACCUGCAGGCCAAUCACAUCAAAGAGUUCUCCCUGAGCAGCUUCUGCAGCGUGGUGGACAUCAUGAACUUCUCCAGGCUGCGGGUCCUGAGACUGGGAGGAAAUGAGAUCAGCCUGCAUGAUAUGCCCUCUGAAACGGGCCUGUGCCUACGGCGAGCCUCCACCAUCGAGAUUUAACGAGCCCCCAGCUGGGGACACAGCAGAAAGCAGCAUUCCUCCCCCCUCAUACGCUAAAACGGCGCACAGCGUCCGUGGCGCUGCCUGAAUGUGACAUUUUUAAUGUAACUAUACAAGCUAUAAAACAAGUUUCCCACCAUCAAUUUGCACAUCUUAAACAAGAAUGUGAGGAAUACAUUCUCAACUCAGAUUUUACCUCUUAAUGAGUAACAUUAGCCUACAAGAUGAAAUAUAUUAUAGCUGUUACUGCAGACUGUUUCAUUAAACACUUUAAUAAGGACUGCUGUUGGUCAAAGCUACCCCUUACAAAUCCGAAGAGCGUUACUUCAAAUUGCACAAAUCACCAAGUGAGAGAGAGAGAAAGACAGAGAAAGAGAAGAGUGAGAGAGAGAGACUCUCUUGAAUAGGCAAGCCGCAGGUACAGGAUCUUAUAGUCUUAUAGACACAUAAAACCCCAAACUCUGGAGGUACAUGACAACAGUGCUGCCCACUAGACCAAAAUGCCAAUCCACGCACAUCUACAUCACAUUUACUAUUUGGGAAUUUAAGUUAGAAUUAAAAUGCUGUGAAUAUUUAUUUAAAAAGAAAUACAAUCAUUUAUUCAUAUCUUUAUGCCUUAAAAAACAGUAACAUGUAUGUCUGCCUUUUUGAAGUAUGAAAUGUAUUAAUCAUGAACUAGCUUGUAUUAAGGAUUAGAGCAAUGUAUAUGUGAGUUUUGUUUAUGUAAUGCAUGUUAGAUACAUUUUUUAAAACCAGCCUGUUGGUCAGAAUUGAUAGUUUCACUAUUGUCCUUUGAACCUGUUAUUUUGAUUAAGGUUAACAUUUUUCUCAUGAUAUAAAUGCAUUGUAGUAAUUAUUCUAACUAAAAGAAAAUGAGAAUGCAUGUUUUAGGAUGUUUUUAAGGCUACAGAGUACCACUCUUUCGAAUGAAUAAAAAUAUGACAUUCUCAAACAA